AUGAUGACCAAGCCAAAAUCAUCUUUCAGCAACCCUCCACUAAAUUUGUGUGUUGUUGGCAUCCUUCCUUGCAGUAUCCUUCCAAUCUUGACUUCACUCAUUGUAUUGAAACGCAAACCAACAAAAAUAAAGAAAAGAAUAACCAUACAACAGCAGCAGCAACAACAACAACAACAACAACAACAACAACAACAACAACAACAACAACAACAACAACAACAACAGACAGACAGAAUGGACUUUUCCGAUGACUAUGCACGAUCUGCUCCCUGGGAAAAGGUAACACGCAAAGUGAUUGAUCCAAUCACCUUUGCUUGCACUGCUUCCAUCGAGUAUCGACCACAACUGGAAGAGUGUGCCUAUGAAACGACAGGUCCUUCCAUUUCAGAGCCUCGGUUUGGAGAUGUAUUCAAGCGAUCCACGCGCAAAGGAAUUGCACCUCCAGCAUGGGCUCCACCCAGCAAUCGAACGCCGCAAACCACAACACGCAAAACCACAGUACAACAACAGCCAGCAAAGAAGGGCGGCUCCAACUCACUGGGUGCCUUUUUCCAAAAAGCAUCAGCUCCAACAAAAGUAGAUCCAGACAACAUGUCCGUGGGAUCCCGUAGUAUUGCCUCUCGUUCGGUGGCGGAUCUCUCCAUUGCGGAACGAUCCAAAACGGAAGAAAAGCUCAAACGCAAGGCCAAGAGCAAAAAACAAAAAUCUUCUCGCCUGCACCAAACGGAAUCCCACCACCAAUCACAACAAAUGAAUGACAUUAUGGAAGACGGUGACACGGACAAGAACGAAGAGAGCGCACCUCCAUCCGAGGCACCCAAAACACCCAAGAAGCAACCCAGGUCGGGGCUUGUCAAAAAAUUAAAGUAUGCGGUAGACGUCGACGACGAUGACAAAUCAUUAACUUUAGAUGAUGUCAAAACUGAAAGGACGCUCCAUUGGGGUGAGGGACACGAAGAGUUUGUGAUUGAUCGAAUCACCAACAGUAUGUACGACGAUUUGUUCUAUGGGAGUGAAGAACUUGCAGAUUUCAGAUAUGAAGCCUUCUUGGAGGACGCUGGAUUGGAUGCAGACGAGUACAUGUAA